UCUUGGCUCUCGCGCCUCGCCUCUUGGUUGCUCCCCUCCCCACGACUGGCGAUUCCCCGCGCGGCUGUUCCCCUCCACCUUUGCCUCUCAGUCCGUCUCCGCCAGUCCAGUAGUCGACACUCGACACUCUCCGCCCCAAAGGCCCCGCCUCUCUCGACGCCUCUGCUCUCUCCUCUCUCGUCGGCGUCGCCUCCAUCAGUCCCGUCUUGGCGUCUCGUCUCGUUGAAGCGAAGCCAGGAGGCAGGAGCACGGUCCUCUCUCGUCGGAUCUUCUGUUAAUAAUUUGGCCAGACAAAGAGGAAUUCCUGAUGGUAAUCCAAUGGGCUUUAGGAAGCAUCUAAAUGCAUCUGCUGAGAACCAUGACGGGCUCUAUGCUCAACGGAACCUAAAUGGCACGAGUGGAAAUCUGGAGCUCUCAUAUGCCUGUAGGACGGAGGGACCAACGGAUAGGGCAUAUCAUUCCAAUGCGUAUAGCUCACAGAUCCUCUCUGAGCCUCUGGGAAAUCUGAAAGGGAACCUCAACCAAAACUUCGGCAGUUUUCAGCAGGCACCAAAGAAUCAAUUCACAUGGACUAACAAUACGACUAAUCAGUGUAAUGCAGCUUCCGGACAAUUUCCACAGAAUCUAAAAGACAGUCGAUAUCGUCCAAAUUUGCACCCAGUACAGAGUUCAACAAUCGGAUCACAACUAUCAGAUAAUGCAAAACCUGAGGUGGAGUCAGCUGAGGCAUCUGGUAGUAGUCCAUAUAUGGGUACCCUUGAGGAACUAGAUAAUUUUUGUAUGGAGGGCAAAAUGAAAGAAGCUGUAGAAAUUUUGGGACUGCUGGAAAAGCAGCAUAUUCAAGUGGAUUUGCCUCGAUAUUUGCAAUUAAUGCACCAAUGUGGGGAGGCUAAAGCUCUGGAAGAGGCAAAAAUUAUACAUGAACAAGUCUUAAGGUAUCUGUCACCUCUCAAGGUGAGCACGUAUAACAGAAUAUUAGAGAUGUAUUCAAAAUGUGGUUCUAUGGAUGAUGCAUUCAAGGUGUUCAACAAUAUGCCAAAGCGCAAUAUGACAACUUGGGACACUAUGGUAACCUGGCUUGCAAAGAAUGAUUUUGCAGAAGAUUCAAUUGAUUUAUUUACUCAAUUCAAGAAAAUGGGACUAAAACCUGAUGGAAAAAUGUUCAUCAGUGUUUUUGCUGCGUGCAGUAUGCUUGGUGAUAUUGAUGAGGGGAUCCUACAUUUUGAGUCAAUGAGCAAAAGCUAUGGCAUUGUACCAUCUAUGACUCAUUAUGUCAGUAUAGUAGACAUGUUUGGAAGUAUUGGACAUCUUGAUGAAGCAUUUCAUUUUGUUGAAAAUAUGCCAGUGGAGCCGAGUGCUGAUGUAUGGGAGACCUUGAUGAAUCAUUGUAGAAUUCAUGGAAACAUGGAGCUAGGGGAUCGUUGUGCUGAAAUAAUUGAGCAAUUGGACCCUUCUCGCUUGAACGAGCAAUCUAAGGCAGGCCUUGUACUUGUAAAAGCCUUAGACCUGGCAAAGGAGAAAGAGAAGAAGAAGUUAGCAAAACAAAAUCUUCUGGAAGUAAGGAGCAGAGUCCAUGAAUAUCGAGCAGGAGAUACUUCUCAUCCUGAGAAUGAUAAGAUCUAUGCUUUGCUUAGAAGCUUGAGGUCACAAAUGAAAGAAGUUGGCUAUAUUCCAGAAACAAGAUUUGUGUUGCAUGACAUAGACCAAGAAGGCAAAGAGGAAGCUCUUCUUGCCCACAGUGAGAGACUUGCUGUUGGUUAUGGUCUCCUAACCAGCCCUGCCCGUUCUCCUAUUAGGGUUAUCAAAAACCUCCGUUUUUGUGGUGAUUGUCAUAAUGCACUAAAGAUUAUUUCCAAGAUUGUUGGCAGAGACCUUAUCAUUAGAGAUGCUAAAAGAUUCCACCAUUUCAGUGAUGGGGUGUGCUCUUGCGGGGAUUAUUGGUGAACAUCAGGAGCUCGGUGUCUCAUGGGCUAAAUUAUGAUUGAAUGGCAUAUGUUCGAUAAAGAGGGCGGUGACUAGCUUACAGAAAGAGAUGGGGGAUGUAAACAUACAUCUCAUCGUUGCUAAAAGCAAUGUUUUAUAUACGCGAGGAUACUUGGGGUCUUAUGAAAUCAGGCUCUUCCUUGCUGAGGAGGAAUGUGAACCAAAACUGUGGGAUUUUGAUUCAGGGAGGUCUUUCAUUCUGCAUUGCAUUCUUUUUCCAUCCUUGUAUUUUGUCUGUUGUUGUUUUCCGAGGUCGGGUGGAUGGGCAAUUCUCUUGGAUUAACAAAAACUGCUAUUUAUUCAAGGGAUAACGUUAGUGGGGAUUUUGGUGAAAAUGCUAUAGAAUUGGAACUUGCAAGGAUGGAUUCAAAUAACUAGUGAUCCAUUCAAUUGAAUAAAAUAUUAUCCAUUGAUAGAUAGAUGCAAAUAGAAUGAUUGUUUGAUUUUGUUGUAUUUUGCCACAGUGCGACCAAAUGAGUUGAGUCGGGCUUGCUAGACCUUUUUCAAUGGACGUAUAUCAUUUGUG